CAAAACAAUCGACAACCGCCGGAGCAACACAACCGAUAAACGCAUUCGCAUUCGCUAAACAGUUCAGAGAGUUAAAAAAGGUUCGCAAUCCAAGUGAAAUCCCGCACAAACGACAAAUUGCACCCGCUAAUCCCACAAAGACGGUUUCAAAGUGCGAGCAAAGUAGGUGGCCGUGAAGGAAGAAGCACGUGCGUGCGUGCGUGCGUGCAUAUUGUCCCAGCUGCUAGGCGUUUUUGUGAACCAGGCUUUCUCCGGCCGGAAGCAACCACAAAGUGAAAGCGUUUUCUUACCCGGGUUUUGGAGUACGAAAAAGUGUACCGCCCUCCACAUCUUCCUGUUUGUUGUGCGUGAAAUCGUCGUGUUUGUAGAGAAGAAAGAACCGCCCCGUAUCGGCUAUUUUCUUCUCGCGUAAUCCGUGGCCUGCUGGCGUAACGCGUAGUACACGCGAGUAUCGAUUUUCCGUGUGAAGCCAUAGUAGGCGGAAAGGGGCAGCAAAGGGAGGGCAAAAAGAACGAAAACCGUUUGGCGGCUGGCUACGUGACACCACCGACCACGGAGGAGAGCACGAAGACGACGACGACCACGAGGACGUCGACGACGAGGACAACGAAAGCAUCCAAGGGAAGAAGAGGACGGCGGAGACAAAACCCCGCGUGCUGUUGAUUGUGUCUGUGGUGGUGCUAGUGGUGGUUCAGCGUCCUCGCAAAGGAAGGAUAUCUCUCGUGACCGACGACCCCCCGUCUAACAGGGCCAGCACGAUGGCGUUCAUGAUGCCGGUGAUGAAGAACGAGUUCGAUAUCUACAAGGGCCGGCAGCGGCGGAUAUCCGAGUGCUCGAACCAGAGCAACUGCCGGUCGCGCAAGGUAUCGGAAAGUUCGCGCUCGGACGGUCCCAGCCUCUCGACCUCACCCGGCAACGAGGGUGGUGGUGGCGGCGGCGGUGGUGGCUUCCUGGCCGGUUCACCGGGUCACCGCAGCCACCCGAUGUACAUGUCACAUCUGGCCUCCCGGCCACAGUUUUCCCGCAACUCGUCCCGCACCUCCCAGAGCUCACUGAUCGCUUCGAGCCCUUCAAAGGCCAGCACCGUCGGUUGUAGUCCGCCCAAGGGGUCGAACGGUGGAAAUGUGAUGCCCGGACCGGUUUCCUCCUCCGUCGGCAGCCAGAGCAGUCUCAACAAGUUCCACACCCGGCUGGUCGACAAGCUGCGGAAGUCGCUCCGCAAGAGCAAAUCUAACGACAGCCGGUCAUGAGAGGGGACCGGUCCACCGGAUCGUGUUGGUGGUGAUGGUGGUGGUGGUGGAGCUGCUGCCGAUGAGCAAGACGAUGAAGAAGAAGAUCCGGACGACUUGGACGAUGUUGACAAAGCAGGACGAGGAGAUGGUGGCGGCCAUCGCCGUCGACGGACAGCCAGUGGAGACAGCGGAGAUCAGCGAGCCGCCGCAGGUUCAGUGGUGGGGGUUGAUGAAGGAUUAGGUGUCUGGUCGGACAGUGUGCUACACAUUAUGCAUCACCGGAAACCACCGUUACCGCGUCGGCGUAGCAACACACCGCCCACAGGCAGAGGUUCCUACGAUGGAGCGACGACGGCGGCACCGGGCAAGAUCCGCUCCAGGAGAGGUACAUUCAGUGCACCUCGGUAACUUCCGGAAGCUGACGCCAAGAUCAACCAACAACAGUGGCAGCAGCAGCAGCAGCAGCGGAAGAUGCAGUACACGGAGAAACGGGUGCGCACCGGAUAGCAAAAUUUACCCCGCAAUCACCGCAAUUUUACGGCAAGCCAUCAUCCAUAUUAUCAUCAUCCAAUAUGCUUAUCAUCAGUAACAUAGCAGCACGAUAGUCUUGAAUAUUAUCGCUUAAUCGCAACUGUAACGGCUCUCUCUCUCUCUGUCUCUGUCUCUAUCGCGCCCGAGAUUGGUCAGUCCGGAAAGUAGAGUUUCGGCUCUGGGUGCGAUCGGAUUUCUAGAUAACGACGCGAGAUCUAGCCUGUAAGCAUAGUCAAGUAUCAGUACAGAGAACAUAACAUCUACCAUCAUUAUGAUCAUCAUCUCCUCUCUCUCUACCUGUGCGUCAGCAGCUUUAGUCGGUAAACUAUAUACACAGUAAGGCUUUUCCUUUAGUCCUUAAGCCACAGGCCACGGUCUCGCCGCCCACAGCAGACGAGGUGACGGCGUGUGACCUAUUUAUUGAAAUGCCGCAACUCGCAACGCACGAACUGCGAACUCGCUUCGACGACGGUUCGCUUUCCUUACCCUUAUCAGUGCGGGUCCUGCUCUAUUGCGCAGUAUCCAGAAGUUCCAGGCAAAGGAACGAAAAGGACACGCAUUAGAAUUGAAUCAAGCGCUCUCUCGGGCGGGGAAAUACAACGAAGGAAAUUGGACAAACGUACAACGAAUGCAAUUGAGCCACGGGAAUUCAACUUCUACAGGAAAUUGUGAUACAUCACUUCGAACAACAGUAGCAGUACGUGGACCGCGGGGACCCAUACCGGUGUUUGACCGCCGCCGGAAGAACCGUAACGGGGUUCUGGCGGCACGAUUACAUACAGGUUCCCCCCUUUGACCUUCCACUUUUCUCUUUCUUUCUCCCUCUCUCGCUCUGCCGUUCUGACGCUUUGCGGUGAGCUGAUAAGGGCAGAGAAUUUGGUUUAUUAGCGUGAUUGCUGCAUUCAGGGCAGGACCUCCGUUUUUUUUUCUCUCCGUUUCGAUUGGCUCAAUUUGACCUUUCCGGAAUGGAGGAAUUACGUUUCAAUCUCGUAAGCGAGGUGAUACGGCGACUAUCGAACACGAAACAAACGGAAAUUUAAUGCUGUUGAACGGAAUGACGGAAUUGUAAGAAGAGACAAACACAUACACACAUACACAUUUACUUAGCUGUGAUCGAAACGAAUGCAACAUGAGAUAUUUUGUGAAUGCUUUUACGUAAAAUAACAAGUAAUACAUUAGUCGCACCGGUAUCGCACACACAGGCACACAAAGCGUGCCAAGGAAGUAGACAACACCUCUCCUCGCCCAACGGGCCUUCCCGGUUGGUGGGGCAAACUGGUGGAAACUGGAAAUGGUAGGAAAAUCGGGAAGAGAAAAGGUUUAUGUCAUGCGUGUUAUGGUUUUACAUUAGCGCGCCCGAGUGUCCACUUGGUCGCUGGCUCUGGCACGCGCACCGGUCUCCAGUGACCGGAUGUUGGAGAUUGUAAGGAUAAGCGAACCACAUACACAUACCGUUCGUCGUUAAAUUGCGAUUCUCGGAUUCGCAGCAACGAAGCAUACUGCGAUCGAUCAAACGAACGGCGCAUUUUGGGCGCACCCAUCGUCGCCCAUCGAUCGAUAUCAAUUCUAAAGCAUCCUUAUGCCCGUUGAAAGCCGGCAUCGUCGUAGGCAUUUUGCGGCAAAUAGAUUUGAAUUCGUUAUCCUUAUUCCCCCCUCACACACAGGCAAACAGAGAACAUCCUGGUAGGCGUGGAACAAAAUCGGAAUGACUGUUGUCACGGUUACGCUUAAAUAGUAUCCCGAGAACAAGCAUAUAUGACCAUAUAUAUAUACAUACUAUACAUGAUAUAUACAUAGAUAUCUAUAUAUACAACACGCGCCCAACAUAUAUACACGUACAAAAGACGUGCGAGUAAUAAAGUCAUCAUCAAAAGGAUAUCAAAAGAAGCUAAAUGCAGCUAUAAUGCAACUAUUGCCAUCGUAAGUCGCACCGGCGGAGUCUUGUCUCUGGUUAGAGUUUUUGCGGGCCGGUAGGGAGGAUAAGGAUAUUUUUGGACAAGUUUUAUCUUCCUCGAAGCGCGUAGCCAUAACCCCAGAACACUCUUCCAACGUAUUGUUUGAUAAACUACGCUUACGCUCAGCGAUCCAUUCUGAAGUGUUCGCAUUGAUUAGCGAUGGUAGGCCACCCGAUGGUAAUGCUGGUUAUCGCUCAAUCAGCCUCAUGCGAACGCCCCGGGUAAGGAUUGUUAUUGAUUGCCGCAAUCCAUUGCGUGACCGGAGUGUCGCUUCCAAGUGCCGAAUCGGAUGAAUUUUAUGUAGAUGCCAUAGCUCACGAGCGGCUCCGGACACGGAACGAAUUGACGGUAUAUUUGCCGUAAGGGGGUAUAGCGUUCAGGUUCUCGGUUUCGAACCAUUUUUUGUGACACCUUUUUGGUAACAAACCCGUAACACCGCAUCCAUCGCAGCAUAAUCCGGAUUGCAAUUGGAAAGUUAGACAGACACACAACAGGGAGGAAACGGUGGCUUCCUUACGCUCACACAAAACCGUAAAAGACUGCUGCUGACUUAAACUCGAGGGUAGAACAAAGUAGAACAAACACUAUUAUCUGCUAGGUUUAAUCGUUUGCUUUAAGUUCCUGUUAUUAGCCAAAUGUAUGAACCACUCUCCUGUGCACGCUAGGUUAAUGGUGGUGAACAAACGGCGGAUAGCAAGCUGUGGUCACCCGUGUGCAUAGAUAAUGGGCAUGGGCAUGAGAUUAGACUGUCCCGGUCCCGGGGCACCAUUUAUCAGCCAUUACUAAUUGACCAACUGCUUUGAGAGAGCCGAUAUUCACACAGAUGCAGCAGGGAUUGGUGAACCGACAGUAGGCAGCUGAAAAGUCGAUUUAAUCGACGGUUUUCCUUUUUUCCUUUCCAUUUCUUCAUUUCGCUUUUCUUUAUAACACCAACGCAAAACAUUCCACCAUUUUAAGCCCAAAUCUGAAGACCACUUGCAUCUAGAAUAUAGCUAAAACAUCACGCAAAAAGUGCCAGUAGGAAUGGAAACAGUAGUUUAGAAAGGAUUUAGAAGGCCCGUGGAAGACAAACCGACGAUCGAUCGUCGCUUGUUGUGUGCCUGAUACUACUACUACUACUACUACUGCUACUACUACUACGACAGACACUGGUGUUCUGUGGUGGCUUUAUUUCAAAGAACCCUGCCCCCACUAUCCUAGUAUCUGUAUCCUAAAUUGUAGUCUAAUCGUUACGAGAGAGGAACGUUACGAAUUUCUUGAAUAAUAAAACCUUAUCUACCUACUCUUAAGUCCACCCUCUUAGACGUUUCUUUGGGGCGAAACAGAUAGAACUCUAGGCCCAGAGAGCCAUGCAAAGGCAGAGACGACACACACUUAAUCAAAGUUAAGACAAAUAUUGUAUGCUUAUUGAAAAACCAAUAAAACUAAGGAACUGUUGUUCCGUUCAUCAAGUUA